AGCCAAUCAGCUGAUGAAACUGUGAACAACAUCAAGCUGUUGGGCAGCGAAGUUAUCCUUACAAGAUAUAUAUAUAUUAUAUAUAUUAUUAUAUAUUUUUUUAAAUACAACGGUAUCUUUGUGAUUGACACUACAUACCAUGUUUGUUUAUUAAAAGAGUAUUGAGUUAUUUUGUGUUUAGGUUAGGAAACAUCUGGGCAAACUAGCUAGCUGAAUCUUUUUGGCUUGAUGAAGGCUUUUGUUGAUGGGUCGUUUCAGUUGAUGUAGAGUAACUGACAAAUAUGUAAGUGUUUUCUUUUUAUAUAUAUAUGCAGAUUUGUUUUUGCACAGAGUCACCGUUGUCAAUUUCUACUCUCAAAGUGGCUUAGCCAACAACAAACACUAGGCUAACUAACGUUAGCUAAUGCCAAUGUUAUUUGGUGGUUGACAGCUAUCGAUUGCUUGCAGGUGGUGCUAGCUGCAUGUCCGGACAUGUAUGUAGGAAAUCGUUGUGAUUGUUUUGCUGACAGACGGACAGAUCUGUAACUUAGAGUCAUUUGUUGUCAAAGUGAUCUGCUAAGUGUUUUGGGGAGUAUAGAACAGGGACUACUACCAUAACGUACUAAAGAAGAAAACAUUUAAAUCUUUAACACCUUAUAGACUAUAGCCAUAAACAUAUUCUACAUCAGUCUGGUUUCGUUAUCCUAGUAUAGUUUUCGACUCUUCAGCAACAGUUCCUCAGGCACAGAUUUAUCGGCAUAAAAGGCGCACUUGUUAGCAAUACCACACCGAAGUGUUAAUUAUGAAUGGUCAAGGUCCGUCUGUAGAUAAGGGGAUAAACACCAUCCUGGUGUGUCAGGAGAGCUACGCCUGCGGCGGCUCAGACGACGACGCCUUCGAAUGCGACGAGUGCGGAAGCCUGCAGUGUGUCCGCUGCGAGCUGGAGCUCCAUCGUCAGGAACGCAUCGCCUCUGGACACGUUCCUUUCUGUGACUCCUGUAAAGGGAACAACAGCGGAUUUGGAGUGAACAGGGGAAGGCUGAGGGCAGUGGUGCGCUGCCAGGGCUGUAAGAUUAACCUCUGUUUGGACUGCCAGAAGCGGACCCACAGCGGGGUGAACAAGAGGAAGCACCCCGUGACCCCCUACCCUCCUCCGGUGAAAGCCCAGGAUAGUAGCCUGGAUACUGGGGAUGGAGGGGAGAUGGAGGCCCUGAAAGCAAAACUGGAGAAGGUGUGCAGCUUCUUACUGGUGGAUGAGAAGGAGGAGAUGCAGUUAAAGGAUGAGGAAGACUUUGUGAGCCGGCUGGACUGCAGGCCAGAGGAACUCCUCAAGGUCGUGUCUAUCUUUGGAAACACGGGGGAGGGGAAGUCCCACACCCUGAAUCACACCUUCUUCCUGGGGCGAGAAGUGUUCCAGACAUCCCCCACCCAGGAGUCCUGCACCGUGGGGGUCUGGGCUGCCAUGGACCCCAUCCACAGGGUGGUGGUGAUCGACACAGAGGGACUGCUGGGGGCAGGAUCCAAUCAGGGCCAGCGUACCCGGCUGCUCCUCAAAGUCCUUGCCGUCUCCGACCUCGUCAUCUACCGUACCCAUGCCGACCGUCUCCACGACGACCUGUUCAAGUUCCUAGGUGAUGCUUCGGAAGCCUAUCUGAAGCACUUCACCAGGGAGCUGAAGGCCACUACGGCCCGCUGUGGCCUGGACGUCCCUCUGUCCACUCUGGGACCAGCUGUUAUUAUCUUCCAUGAGACCGUCCACACCAAGCUACUGAGCUCAGACAACCCAUCAGAGUCCGCAGAGCGUCUGCUCCAGGAGCGUUUCAGGAAGUUGGGUCUGUUUCCCGAGGCCUUCAGCUCCAUCCAGUAUCGUGGGACUCGAACCUACAACCCCCCGACAGAUUUUAGUGGUCUGCUGCGGAGCCUGGAGCAACAGUUAGAUAACAACACUACCCGCUCACCUCGUUCCGCAAGCGUCAUAUACAGAGCGCUGCAGGCCCUGAGUGAACGUUUCAGUGGGGAUAUCCCAGAAGAGCACCUGGCCAGUAACUCUUUCUUCCCUGAUGAGUAUUUCACCUGUUCUGGUAUCUGUCCCAGCUGUGGGUCUGGCUGUAAGAACAGUAUGAACCACCUGAAGGAGGAAGUGGACCACGAGGCUAAACACCGCUGUCGCUACUCUGCUCAGUACGACAACCGCAUCUACACUUGUAAGGCGUGCUAUGAGGGAGGAAAGGAGGUGAUUGUGGUUCCCAAGACGACAGCCUCCUCUGACUCUCCCUGGUUUGGUCUGGCCAUCUAUGCCUGGUCAGGGUAUGUGAUAGAGUGUCCCAACUGUGGGGUGAUCUACAGAAGCAGGCAGUACUGGUACGGGAACCAGGACCCAGUGGACACAGUGGUCAGGACUGAAAUAGAACACAUCUGGCCUGGGUCGGAUGGUUUUCUGAAAGACAACAACAAUGCAGCUCAGAGACUGUUGGACAGUGUGAACUACAUCUCCCAGAGUGUGUCAGAGCUCAGUGUGAAACCUGCCAAAGCUGUCACUUCCUGGCUCACUGACCAGAUCGCCCCGGCCUACUGGAAACCCAACUCACUCAUCCUGAAAUGUUCUAAGUGCAGUGAGGUGUUCCAGGACAACGAUACUAAGCAUCACUGCCGUGCCUGUGGAGAGGGCUUCUGUGACGGCUGCUCCACCAAGAACCGUCCUGUUCCAGAGAGGGGCUGGGGGCUCGCCCCCGUACGGGUCUGUGAUGCCUGCUUCCAGAACCGGGGAAUCUCAGAAGAGCUGCUGGAUGCAGAGUUGGAGGAGGAGGAAGGAGGGACACUCAGUAGGAGAGUAGGAGAGGCUGUUCAGAAUACACUGGGAGCUGUGGUCACUGCUACAUACAUCCCUCUGGGUCUGAUGAAGGAUGCAGCUCGUCCAGCCUACUGGGUUCCAGACCAGAACAUCCGGUGCUGCUGUGAGUGUCAGAGAGACCUCUCCGCCCCGUGUCUCUCCAUCCACCACUGCAGGGCCUGCGGCCAGGGCGUGUGUGACGACUGCUCCCCUGAACGCAGAGCGGUGCCCUCUAGGGGUUGGGACCACCCGGUGCGCGUCUGCAACACCUGCCACCAGAAACCAGGGGACCUCUAGCAGGAGACGGGGGAGCGAGAGAGAGGACACAUUGGCAUCCUAUUUCCUAUAGACCCUGGUCAAAAAUAGUGUACUGUAUAUGAACUAGGGUGCCAUUUGGGACACAGACAGAUACAGUCCAGGGUUGUGUUCAUUAGGUAUGAAAUGGAAGAAACGUUUUGCUACGGCGUGCCUUAAUGAACACGGUCCAGGUUCUACCUAACAGCUGUGGAACUGGAGCGUUUGGAACUGGUGGAACACCCCUCUCUCUGUGGCUGCAGUGGUUCAGCCCAGUUUGGAAGGGAAUUCUUCUUAUUCAUUGUGACGUCAUCAGUAGUAAGGCUGGGACGUCAAGUCAGAUGUCCUGACUUUGUCCUUAGUUCUUCCAUCCUGACAGGACACCUUUAAUCUCUUUACUGCACUGUUUCACUUCACCCUGCCUGAAUUCUCUCUCUCUCUCACACACACACACACACACACACACACACACACACACACACACACACACACACACACACACAGACAUAGAGAUUUAUAUUAAUGCACACAGAAGAAACCAGAAAUCCUUGAAUACCAGUCUAUCCGAAUGAAUGACGCCGCAAUAGUAGACCACCUGUACUCUACCUGACAACAGUACCUGAUACCACCUGUACUCUACCUGAUACCACCUGUACUCUACCUGACAACAGUACCUGAUACCACCUGUACUCUACCUGACAACAGUACCUGAUACCACCUGUACUCUACCUGACAACAGUACCUGAUACCACCUGUACUCUACCUGACAACAGUACCUGAUACCACCUGUACUCUACCUGACAACAGUACCUGAUACCACCUGUACUCUACCUGACAACAGUACCUGAUACCACCUGUACUCUACCUGAUACCACCUGUACUCUACCUGACAACAGUACCUGAUACCACCUGUACUCUACCUGACAACAGUACCUGAUACCACCUGUACUCUACCUGACAACAGUACCUGAUACCACCUGUACUCUACCUGACAACAGUACCUGAUACCACCUGUACUCUACCUGACAACAGUAGCUGAUACCACCUGUACUCUACCUGACAACAGUACCUGAUACCACCUGUACUCUACCUGACAACAGUACCUGAUACCACCUGUACUCUACCUGACAACAGUACCUGAUACCACCUGUACUCUACCUGACAACAGUACCUGAUACCACCUGUACUCUACCUGACAACAGUACCUGAUACCACCUGUACUCUACCUGACAACAGUACCUGAUACCACCUGUACUCUACCUGACAACAGUACCUGAUACCACCUGUACUCUACCUGACAACAGUACCUGAUACCACCUGUACUCUACCUGACAACAGUACCUGAUACCACCUGUACUCUACCUGACAACAGUACCUGAUACCACCUGUACUCUACCUGACAACAGUACCUGAUACCACCUGUACUCUACCUGACAACAGUACCUGAUACCACCUGUACUCUACCUGACAACAGUACCUGAUACCACCUGUACUCUACCUGACAACAGUACCUGAUACCACCUGUACUCUACCUGACAACAGUACCUGAUACCACCUGUACUCUACCUGACAACAGUACCUGAUACCACCUGUACUCUACCUGACAACAGUACCUGAUACCACCUGUACUCUACCUGACAACAGUACCUGAUACCACCUGUACUCUACCUGACAACAGUACCUGAUACCACCUGUACUCUACCUGACAACAGUACCUGAUACCACCUGUACUGUACCUGAUACCACCUGUACUCUACCUGACAACAGUACCUGAUACCACCUGUACUCUACCUGACAACAGUACCUGAUACCACCUGUACUCUACCUGACAACAGUACCUCAUACCACCUGACCAAGAGGAACUAGGAGACAACAAUUAAGCAAUAAGGCCAGGGGGGGUGUGGUAUAUGGCCAAUAUACCACGGGUAAGGGCUGUUCUUAAGCACAACGCAAUGCGGAGUGCCUGGAUACAGCCCUUAGCCUUGGUAUAUUGGCAAUAUACCACAAACCCCCGAGGUGCCUAAUUGCUAUUAUAAACUGGUUACCAACGUAAUUAGAGCAGUAAAAACAAAUGUUUUGUCAUACCUGUGGUAUAUGGUCUGAUAUACCACGACUGUCAGCCAAUCAGCAUUCAGGGCUCGAACCACCCAGUUUAUAAUACCUGAUACCACCUGGCUAAGAGGAACUAGGACAGAAGAGGAGGAGCAUCGGUGAGGAAAGAUGAUCUGGAAAAAGGAAAAGAUCACUGUGCUCUCGUCUUUUCGCUUUGGUCCUCAUCCUUCAGCAUCGCGCUUGUCAUUUUGGUCCUCAUCCUUCAGCGUCACGCUUGUCAUUUUGGUCCUCAUCCUUCAGCGUCGUGCUUUUCAUAGCUUAUACUUUCUGUCCAACUUUGAUCCUUGGCUUGAAGAAGAGGAAUCACAACCCUUAUGUAGCAGCAUAGAUGCAUUCCAUGUUUAUGAUGAUUCGCUUAAUUAACUACCGAUUAUAAUGUUGGAAGCUGAGUGGUUUUAUAUGUGGGUUUAAACAGGCAGACAGCCCUCGUUGACUUGUUUUUAUUUGACAUAUAGGGUAAGUUUUAAUAUAAUGGGGAAAAUAAUUGAUUUGUUUAGUAUAAAAUGGCCUCUUUUUUGUUUUUAAUGGGUCCACACUACAAUGCUACUAUCAUUGAGUGAUGUCAUCAGAUUGACGUUAGAGGAGAUUGCUGAAAAGGAACCAUAGAAUUAGAUGAUCAGAAUUUGAACCAUUUUAAUUCUAUGGUGGGAGCUGCUUUCACAGUGUGACUGGCCCACAGCACAGGAUGUAGAAUAACAUGGAAGGAUAUGAACACACUUUGGGGCUGGAGCCUUAAACAUAUUAUACAUUCAAUUCAUAGUGUAUAAUAUCACGUAAUCGUUACACUAUCAUCUCAGGCUGUGUAGCAGCCAACCGUGCUCAAUAUGAUUAGCUGCAAUUAUGUAGCCUGGUCGCAGAUCUGUUUCUGCUGUCUUGCCUACUGGUAUGGGCAACAACCGUAGGGGUUGACAAGACGGCACAAACAGAUCUGGGACCCAGGCUAAGAAGUAUGGGGUAGGAGCAGAAUAACUGACUGGAAUCAGCUUGUACAUAAAAUGGAACGUUGUAAAGUUCUAGAACAGAACAGUGAUCAUGAUGAUUCAUCUCAGCUGAUAAAAGAAACCAGGAGAGAAUACUGACAUCAGACUGAAGAUAAAUACUGUUAUGUUUACUACACCAUGAAUGCAUAGUAAUAAACUUGACAACCUCAA